ACACUGUAUUACGGAGAGUACAUGAACAAUGGGCCGGGUGCUGGUACCAGCAAAAGGGUCCAUUGGACCGGUUACCAUGUGUUGAAUGCCGCAGAAGCUAGCAAGUUCACAGUUGCGCAGCUCAUGCAUGGUGAUCUUUGGUUGGCUGAGACCGGGGUUAGCUUCAUUUCAGACCUCUAGACUCUAUAAUAUGUGUAUUUUUAUGCUGUUGCUCGUGAAAUAAAAUAAAGCUCUUCCGCUGUAUGUAGUUUAUACUUUACAUAACCUUGUAGCAACUAUCAGUCUU